AUGUCCUUCUACGUCGCCCCAAGCCAGCAGCGCACCCUCCGCGCCUGCAUGGUCUGCACCCUCGUCCAACUCCACAGCAAAUUCAUGCGCGAAGGCUGCCCAAACUGCGAUAGCAUCCUCGGCCUGCGCGGCAACAACGACGCCAUCCAGGAGUGCACGUCGCAGGUCUUCGAGGGCCUGGUUACGCUGCGCGACCCGACGACGAGCUGGGUGGCGCGCUGGCAGCGGCUGGAUGGUUACGUCGCGGGGACGUAUGCGGUGAAGGUGACUGGUUCGCUUCCUGACGAUGUUAUUACAAAUUUGGAGGAUUCGGGGGUUAAGUAUAUCCCGCGGGAUGGGAGCGCGGCUGAGGAGGAGGCAUAG